GAUUUUGCAUUCUCAAUUGAUGACUAUAAAAUAGUCCAAAUAAUCAUCAUAAAGGUGCCUUCCAAAUUUCUGCCAAAGCAUUGGAGCAGUCUUUUCGUAGGAGUGAUCCCGUUGAAUACUACUUACAAGUUAAAGUCCACGGUACUGGAGUAUCUGAUGACCCUCGCGCUUACCAUCCUCGUCUCAGUCCUCGGUAGCCUUCUCCUAUCAUGCGGGGCUUUUCACGGCUUUGGCCUCACCUGCUUUUGCUACGUCUUGGCUGGAUGCCACUAUUCUCUAAUUAAGUCAGUCCAACCGGACCCUGCUUCACCCCUCCACGGUUUCAACCGGCUAAUCGUCUACUCGCGAUCCUCAGUGUUCUGUUGUCUUUUCCUUCUCAUUGGUGGAGAUGAUGGUGGCCGUAGAGAUUCACCCACAUUAACCCUCUACGGCCUGUCCGGCUACCUCCUGUUGUCAUUUCCACUAAUAUUCCUCUUUGGACUGGUUCCGCAAAUAAACACAUUGCUAGCCUAUAUACUUGAACAAGUGGAUGUUCAUGUGUUUGGCGCGAGUGGAUCUGCCAACUUGACCUCGGCGGCACUGUCUGUUGUGCGCAGUGUUGUGGUGAUUGCGAUCUGCUUUGGCUUCUGUCAUGCGGCCGUAAAUGUAAGCUUUCGAUUUUUGUGCGGCGAAACGCCUUCAAGUAAAAUGUCGCGAAAAUGUUGCAUUUUUCUGAUUAGCUUCUUCAAAAUGACGAUUCACGACAGUGGUCCUGAUGUAUUGGGACAAGUACUUCCUCUGCAAAUGCUUAAAAGCGAUUAUCUCCAUCAGCCCCUUGACUCCAGGGUUUUCGUAGAUUUUGUCUCGAUCCUGGGCAAUUGUGUCUUCUCCACCCUGAUAUCAGCACCCUUGGAGCCUUUUGUAGGCAGUGUAUUUUUCAUCACGUCCUACGUCAGACCCAUCCGAUUCUGGGAGGCGACUCAAAGGUACUCAACUACUACCUCUCUGUAUUCCCAGCUGCGUGGCGUGUCGUUUGAGCAGGUGACGGCUAACCUAAACGCCAUUUUUUACGAGCAUUUAGCCCGGUGUCUGCAGCAGCGCCUUGCCGGAGACAUUGCUUUAGGGCGGUGGUCUGGCGGAAACGUACAGGCUGGCGACAUCUACAUUCUGGCCUCUGAGGAACAGCACUUCUUGCUGCACAUCAUCGAGGUCGGCAACGGCCUUGUCACCUUUCAAACGCGUGGCCUCGAAUUCGCGGGCACCUACUGUCAUGAGCAGGAAAGCAAUUGUCUGACGGAGCUGCAUCAAACAGAUCGUGGUUUUUGUUGCUGCACCCUGCGCAAUUUGCCUGCCUCCGUGUUGAGUCCGAAUGCCUCUGUUCGGCUUCGCUGGCUCGCCUGGCAGUUCGUUGAGAGUCAUUACACCAUCGAGGGCUACCGCCUGAUUGACCACAGCGCCGCCACCUCGCUUCAAGUCAUCGAUUUUCGUUUUUAUCUAAAAUGCUUCUGUCUGCUUUACUUCACUGCAUGGCUGCCAAAUCUCUCGAACAGACUGGCGACCCUGUCAGAUGAACUAAAUAAGCGCUUCACUGGGGACGACAAGGUAGACUUAGAUCCGACCUUCACCAAAAUCUUCGACGAAGACUUCGAUGAAACCGUUUCUGGAUUAACCCGCGCCGCCUUCGUUCGUGUUUAUGCUGAAUGGAUCCGGUACUGCCUUGCCAGGAGCACAGGGAACGAGGACGUUAGCUCGGCUGAUGAAUCCGACCUGAUGACACUGUGCUAUGCAAUCUCACUCUUGGGACGACGGUGCUUAAGUGGUGUUUCUGGCCAUCUCAAUAACACUUUGGAUACGUUUUUGCAUUAUCUGCACGAUGUUUUCAAAGGAGACGUGCAGAUCGCAUCCAAAGACGACUGGGUCUUCGCUGACUUGGACUUGCUCAAACUUGUCGUCACACCCGCCAUGCGAGUGGCCUUGAAGCUUUACCAGGACCACUUUACUUGGAACCCGUUGUCGACGAACCUGGAGCUCUACGAGGCCAUUUGGAACACGACGCGGUCGGUUGUUAUUUGCCAUGAGACCGACCCUCGAUGGCGCUCUGCUGUUCUCAACAACGCCGAGAAACUGUUCUCGUUUCGCAAAAUCGACUCAGGCACAACACAGCAGUGCUUCCGCUUCAUCAUGAUGAACAAACAAACUCUCUCGUUUCAAGUUAUUAAGCUGAACAGUGAGUGCGUGCGCGGAUUUUGGGCGGGUCAGCUGCGUGAGCAAAUAUUUCUGCGCAAUAAAAACGCCGAGCGUGGCAGCAUACAGCAUGCGAAACACGUGCUGAGGAACUUAAUCAACUCGAGUUGUGACCAACCCGUCGGCUAUCCAAUCUACGUCAGCCCGCUGCUCACGAGCUUCUCCGAGAGCCAUCACGAGUAUUGCCGCGUGGCCUGCCCGAAUCUGGUACUGCGGUGCUUGGGGGUCGGGGCUAUGCAGCGUUGCCGACGGUGGUGCCUUGGCAGUCGAGGUGGAGAUGGUGAGCCACUUUACCCAUCUCACCGAUUAACGUGCGCCGUUUCACAUUUUCAUUCAAAUGAACCUUUUUUCGUGUUUUUUAAUGGUUAUUAUUGUUGGCUGAGUACUAACCGGAAGUAA